AUGUGCGAACAUGUGCAUGUGGGCAUACAGAGAACCUGUUAUUCUGUCGGAUCACAUGGCCUCGGACGGCCCAGGUUUCUCACAUGCAUAACCUCUGUCUCUAUCUCUUCCCACAACACACAGGCAAGCACAUACACAUACACACACACACAUGCGUUGACGCAUCUGUUAGGCCUGCAUCGUAAAGCGGACGCGGAAACACACGCACCGCCGGACCAAAUUACCCUCGGCCGGGCGAAGGGCGAUAAUCGCAAAGUGAACUUGAGUGCUCGCUGUGGGGGCCUGCUAUGGAGACCCGGCGGGGUCAGUCCGAGGUCUCAGUUGUGCAACCUGGACGCGCCCGAUUCGACAAGUCGACGUGCCUGGCGAAGGCAAGCGAAAGGCUUUGCGAGUCGUUCAGACGAACGAAUGAACCGGGGCAAAUGA